GAAAUUUACAGCAGAUUUUUUAAAAUGAGUGAUGAUGAGUUUAUGAAGUUUUUGAAAAAAGAUACUGAACAUGAACGAAAUCAAGAUGAAAACCAACGGAUGAAAACGAGAAAGUCUCAUCGCUCCAAACGUUUCGAUUCACGGAAAGCUCGCUCGAAACGUCAAACAGAUACUUCAAGAGACAUCACAGACACGACGCGCCGUCCACAACCCCUUUCAUCUCGGAUAUCAGCAGUUUCAGAAUGGAGUGGAGCCACCGGUGGGCCCCCGGCGGAGGUGAUAUUGCGGCUUCAUCCCACGCCGGUCACAACAUAUCCAGCACCGCAAAUCACAGGCAACUUAUCCAUUACAGAAUUGGACGGCAGCGCGAUAGUAGUUCGCGCAGAAGAAGCGUUAAUAGUAGCAUUCGUUCUUCUACUAUGGGUAGCAGCAAUCGCUCUUUUCUUCAACCGCUGGGGCAAGAUCAGAAUGCUAGAACCAUAUCAACCUAAGUUUCAACAACAACAUCGUCAAAGCUGUGUUCUCGCCGAAAACACUAUCACCGUACCACCACUUCAUAGAGCAUCACUGUCGAGAGGUUGUGUGUCAUACGACUGCGGUGGAGCCUUUUCUGCUUAUCAGCCUUGUGGUUACCUUUCCCAUCGGCCUAGACAGAACUCCGUCUUCGUCGGCAGCAUGGGUGGUAUGGCUCUCAUACCAGAAAGUCCACCACGCAGAUCGCGGUCAGCUGCUGACCUUCCAGCAUUAACCACACCCUCAGACCACGUUCCUACCACGUCCAGGUCAUCCAGGGCCGCCAGCCUACACACAGUUGAUCUGAGAGUGUGUGUACCCUCACCUCGCGCUUCAAGAGCUGCAAGUCUACAUUCAGCAGACAUUCCUACUGUACAAGUACACGUCAGAGGCUCUAGUACUAAUAUCAAUAGACCUAGGAGUCCUAGACGACUAACCAUUACAAAUGUCUAGAAUUGUUUUGUAAUGAGACGGACCAAUUUAAUUUAUGUAUGCACUGUGAAAAGGAAGCUUUAUUUUUCUAUAAGACGAAUUCUAAAUUUAAGAUUGUCAUGUCUUUCAAGUAGAGUAGCGUCCUUAUAUCUUUCUCCAUAUCUAACUAUUAUAUAUUCUAAAUAAUUAUUCUAAACAUCAGAACUAUAUAUAUCAUAAUUAUCAUUAGGAGUCCUUGAUACAUGUAAGAGACACGCUUAGUUAUUCCUUCAUUAAAUAUACUUAGGUUAACGUAAGUAAUCUGGUAACCAUUCAGUACCAAUUCCCUUUAUAUGGCCUCCAUAAAAUACGCCUAUUACGCUUCCACUCUGGUUCUUACACAUUACAUCAAUAUCAUUAAAUUCUUCUGAGAUGUACAAACGAAAUCGGGUAAUUUGAAAGCAAGAUCACGUAUGAUCCUGUAAAUAAUGAAUGAAUAUUGCCAUUAGCGAAAAUAUUAAAGCAAUCGAAUCGACAUUCGCAUUUCACUUUAAAAUCAAAAUGUAUGACGUCGUCAUAAUGAACUAGGAGACUUUAAUGAAUUUCAUGUGUUAUACCAUACAUAUGGGUCACGACAAUUUAAUUAGCAAACGAACCAAUACCAAUUCGUAUGUUUCAUGUUGCGCUGCGGAUGAAGCAUUUUGCCUUGUCUUACACAUCUCGUGACAUAAAGUUUGAUUAGGUAUGGACACCCCGCCAUUUUGUUUUUAAAACAAUAUGACGCUGUCAAAUUGAAAGAGUUGGCGUUUUUCUCAUCCGCUACACUCUUGACAGAGCGAUCUUGAUCGUUAUGUAGUAGUGGUAAUAUAAGGGGCUAGUUGGCGUUUUAAUAUCACCUUAACCUGUGAGGCCUUUACCUUAAUAUUUAACACUCUGUAGCCCAGGAGACUUCUGUGCUUCUGGAAAGAGCUAGGCUUGUUAAAUUAGCCAGGACUUGACGAACCAUAGAUUUAUUUUAAGUCUAAGUGUGGAAACUGAGUCCACCAACUUUAAACCUUAAAAACUUUUUAGCCCUAUCAAAAUCGUCCUUAUCUUAUUCUUCGAUAUAAAACUGUUUUGUUUAUAUUUAAGUCAAACAUAUUUAUUGCUCAAUAUUAAUUUCUUUCAAAAGCCUAACUUUUUUGACAGUUGUAAUGCAAUGCUAAUUUUUUCGAAUAUCUAAUUUACAACCAGCCAGGAAUAAUUUAAAUAUAAACAAAAUCGUAUGAUCUGUAGUCUUGUCCUUGUCCUUUUAAUAUAAUAUUUGGUAUUAAGGGUGACCAUCCUUGCCUAAUAGA